AAUCAACAAUUGUUAAUUAAACAAUACGCACAAAAUGUUCAGUAAACUCAUAGCUUUCGGCGCUCUUCUGGCGGCAGCAAAUGCUGGCCUAUAUCACGGGCACGCAGUGUCCUCACAAAGCAUCGUACGUCAUGACGAAGGUCAUUACGCCGCUCCUCUGGUUCACGCAGCUCCUGUCGCCCACUACGCUGCGCCUAUAGCUUAUGCCCCAGCAGCCUAUUAUGAAGGACAUGACGAAUAUGCUCAUCCCAAAUAUGACUACGAAUACUCUGUCGCCGACCCGCACACCGGCGACCACAAGUCGCAGCACGAGAGCCGCGACGGCGACGUGGUGCACGGCUACUACUCAUUGGUGCAACCCGACGGCUCCGUACGCAAAGUCGAGUACACCGCCGAUGACCACAAUGGUUUCAACGCCGUGGUGCACAACUCUGCCCCAUCUGUACAUAUUGCUCCAGUACCAGCCUACCAUCAUUAUUAAAAAAAAUCAUAGCUUUUUAAUUGAAUACCUGAAUGUCGCAUGCUAGUUGAUACCUAUUUAUACUUUUUUAAAUAUGAAUGUGUUGAAUGUGCUCCGAUAAAUA